CUUCGACCAAUACACGGGCGUUUGAAAGAGUGCGUAUCGCGAGCUUUCCACCGGGUGACUUUUCCGAAAGUGACCUCACAGAACGCGGGUUGAUUCGGUGCUCCCUUCCCGCGACUACCCCUUCCGCUGCCGUACGGAUUCUCAUUAAUCGUUAGCGUCACAUCAUCAUCAUCUUCGUCGUCGUCGUCAUUAUCGUCGUGGUCGUCGUCGUUGUCUCCUUCUCUCCGCCCCCACGUGACAGUGCACGACCACGUGGUCUACGAUUGAUUGAUCGAGCCCUCGACGGAUGCCAACGUCUCCCGCUACAAAAUGAGACAGAUUCCGGAAAGUGGUGAUUGCAGUGCUUUCGGAACGGCGAAUUAUGUAAGCCUUAUGUAACGAUAAAGAUUCGUGCGUAAUGCGUGAAUCAGCCACCAUUAGUGCCGAAGAUUUUCGAGGCUCGAAUCUCACGAUUGCCGGCGAAGGUGGGAGCCUCGCGCGACGAAGAAUUUGAAGAUUCGCGUGAUGCGCAUACGCGUGAUUCAUCACGCAGGAUCGAAUAGCACGAUCGGCCUCACGUAUAAGCCGAGAGAGGAUAUCGGCAUGCCUGCGUGCCGCGCGCGUUGAUCGAUCGAGGACGGGAAUCUCGUCACCGACCACCGUCCGCGUCUUGAUUCCGCGGUGAAAUCGGGCCGGGUCGAGCGGCCAGGCUGUCGAUUGUGAGAACGGUAAGCCGGCACCGACUCGCACCGCGGAAACCGGCCUGCCACGUGACUUUCGGUGGCUGCCCGCGGCUUCUGCGUCGUUCGAUACACGCGAGCGUACGCCACUGGAUGCCGUUGGGAGACGCCAAUAAUUUCCAAGAAGGUACCGAAGAUACAUCGAAGGGGACUCGCAAGUAGAUCGCGUCGUUGAUCCUCCGACGUAUUCUCAAAUACAUUAGUCAUUCUGUUGACGGCGAAAAGGAAAAAGAAGGCCUGAAUGACGGCGCGACGUGACUACAUCCGAGGAAAAUCCGUGCUUGAUGACGGGAUGCCGCUUAAUUACGCGUCGACGUAUCCGAUCGAGCGAUCGUAGCUGCUUUAGCGGAAAAACGCGGAACGGGAGAGAUCGCGCGUAUCGCGCGCGGAGCCGGAGAGUUGAAUGCGCGCACAGGCAGGCGCGAGGUCGUCCCCCUCGACGAUCGUCUCGAAACGAGCCUCGUCGAAACUCGUUCGAAAGCUGACGCAUCGCGUGAACGCGAGACGCGAUCCGGAGGCGAUCGGUGACGCAAGAUCUGAGGCAUUGAACUGUCCCCCGCGUAUUUUAACGCGACAAAAUUUCAUACGAGCGACAGAUUGUCGCGUAACGAACGCGACAAGAUUCCGCGACUCGGUUUCAGGUCAAAAUUGCAAUAAUAUCCUGCAGAUUAUUAUCGCGCUGCGCGCGUGAUUGACAUGCGCUCGCACAGCACGAAUCUUGCCUCGCAUUGCUCCGUUGCGUUAUCGAAGUCUUGCUAAAACGACCGCGUAAAAGCGAUUCCUCGCGCGAUCGAGAUGUCGAAGCGUCCGGCGAACGGCGCGCUGACAGCUGUUCGCAAAUAACGUUGACGUUUGAGCUCUCUUAAUUGAGUGGGACAUAACGCGCGUCGGUAGAACAGCGUAGUCUCCUCCUGAGAUGGCUCUUCAGCGAUAGUGAAAGUUACGUUUGACAGCGAAUUUGCAUACAAUUAUAGCAGCAGUGCCAUUGUAGCUCGUCACUAUGGAUACUCCGAAGCUUCUUGCCAUAGUAGUGGUACACUAGAAUUCCAUUUGCGACAAUUUUUCUUUAGGAAGGCGUUGCGCACGUGUGCGUUUCACGGCGUGAAGCGCGCCACCGAUUUGUGCCACUUAUUGUAAAACUGGCGUAUGAGCAAACCGCGUAUAAUGGUUUUGUUCGCGACUGAAAUUAGACAUCAUCAAACAGCGAUGAUCGCAAGAAGCGCAUCACCACGAUUAAUGGCAGUUUUAAUGCCUGGAUCGUGUAUGGAAAUUUAAUCGUGGAGUCAAGGCGAAACCCAAUUGAAAAAGAGACGUCCUUAGGAACGACGUUUCGCUAACGACGCGCAACUCUGCGGUUUGAACCGCGCGAGCGCUUGUUGAUAUUUCUCUUAAAUAAACCAAGUUUAUCCGGUUAAUGGACGAUCAUUAUGCCAUCAAGGAAUAAUCAGAGGAGAUUGCCGCCGACGAUGCGACCCGACAAACGUAUACGUGGAUAUUACUGACAAUCGGAUCUUUGUAAUUGGCCAAAGUUUAAUGGCGAUAGCGGAUUUAUGCGCAUUCCUCUUUCAUUAAACAAUCAUUACCGGAUGAUACGCGUUGUUCGCCGACCGUAACGACAAACAGAUACACAUGAGAUGUAUCGAACGAAUUGAAGUUUAACACGAAGUGUAUACACGAGGCUCUCAUGUCUCAUUAUUGAACCAUCCUUACAUCAUUGUCGUCGGAAUUAGCGACGACAAACUGGCACAGGUUCGACCUCUGGAUUUCUCUCUAAUUGACGAUGGCGUGCUCAUUGAAAUUCCAGGAUUAAGUAACAGAUAUCUCUGGUGACUUCCGAUAAUUAGUCGCGGAACGAACGAGAUUUUAAGGCGAAAGGAGGCUCUAUGUGCCCGCGUCCGUACUCACUUGGCCAGUGUCGGUGUCUCGCUGUUACCUAUCGGCGGCCGACGACUAUCUCGUCGGAUCUGCGCGAGUUCCGGCGAGCGAGGUAGCGGGCAUCAUCGACGGACCCCGGAGUCCACCAUGUCCGUCUUGGAGGCCGGCGAAGCCGACCGGACGACGACGAUGUCACCGUUGGACGAGGUCGUAUCCCCGACUAGCGUCGAGUCGGAACUGAUGGUCACCGACAUGUUGGACGAGCACGAGGCCGCGCUUAACGAGCACGGCAAACGCAAAAGAGACACGGACGGCGAGGAGCUGACGCCGAGGAAGCUGCCGUCGCUCACGAGAAACAACAAUGAGGUCGGGUUCGUCCUCGAGGGAAGUCCCGACGACGACCUCCGGGAGGAUAGGGACGACGACCGUCUGACUGGUCAUGGGGGCAUCUCCUCGCUGGGCGGCGGGAAUUCGUCGCCCUAUUCCGGUGCCCAUCACCACGGACACCGGGGAAACGGAAACGGGGGCGGCAUGCCCCACCACGGGGGCGCUUCGCUGCCGACCGCCUCCGACUUCCAACCCCCUUACUUUCCACCCCCGUUUCCCUCGCAUCACCACGCGCCCGCUAGCCCCCAGCAUCCUGGUCUCGGCCAACCGCAACACCUGGAUUACCUCGUCGGCGAUCCUUAUACGCAAACGCUCAACACGUUGCACCAGCACCACUACAAUCACCUGAGCGCUGCCGUCACCGCGGGCCAAAGGAGCGGCGAUCUCAGGAGAGACACCGAGGGGAUUCAUGUGACGAACAUGCACGCGUCGUUCCCGUACGACGGCGGACGCAGUAGUGGCGGAGGCGGCGGUGGUGGAGGCGGCGGCGGCGGCGGUGGUGGCGGUGGUGGAAGGGGCGUCGAGUAUGGCGCCGUACGUCGUCCUGACGCCCUCCUACCGCCUCCGGGUCUCGACCAGACCGACCUCGUUCUGCACAGCAGCCUCGUUGACGACCCCCAGGUGAGCGACGAUAACACAAAUGUGGACGAUGGAGGAUUCAUGAACGACCUGCCACUAUUAAAAAAUAUGAAACCUUCGGACAGGAGCGAGAAGGCUAUGUUGUCCGGAAACGCGCAACCGUCGGACGUAUUCUGUUCGGUCCCAGGACGAUUAUCGUUACUAAGCAGCACCAGCAAGUACAAAGUUACGGUAGCGGAGGUACAAAGACGACUGUCGCCGCCGGAAUGUUUGAACGCGAGUCUCCUCGGUGGCGUGUUACGAAGGGCGAAAUCCAAAAACGGCGGGCGUCUGCUUAGGGAAAAGCUGGAAAAAAUUGGUUUGAAUCUGCCAGCCGGUAGAAGGAAGGCCGCCAACGUCACGCUCUUAACAUCUUUAGUGGAAGGAGAAGCCAUUCACCUUGCCAGAGACUUCGGUUACGUUUGCGAAACCGAAUUCCCCGCGAAGCAAGUCGCCGAGUACCUCAGUCGGCAGCAUUGCGAACCGCAAGACUCCUACAGGAGAAAAGAACUUCUUCAUGCCACCAAACAAAUCACCAAAGAGCUGAUGGAUCUUCUGAACCAGGACAGAUCGCCGCUCUGCAAUACGCGGCCGCAACAUAUCCUCGAUCCCAGUAUACAGAGACAUCUCACUCAUUUUUCUCUCAUAUCACACGGAUUCGGAAGUCCUGCGAUCGUGGCCGCUUUAACGGCUAUACAGAAGUUCCUAAGCGAGUCUUUGAAUCAUCUGGAGAAGAUGUAUCCCGGGAACGGUAGCGGCGUGACGAGCAGUCAACAGUCGAAUCUCGACUCGAACAAGAGCAAGGACGGCGCGCUGAUGAACGACAUGAAGAAGUGACGCACAGAAGACCCGCCUACCUCGAACGUGGUCACGUCUAUCAGGCACUCCUGGCCAUACAACUGAGCUUCCGUGCGUCCAUCGCUCUUGCGGAAAGCUCGCAGUGGACCACUGAGAAACGCGUACGCGCAUACACGCGCUCGCGGACGCGUCGCACUCGCUGCUGGCACUCGCGUGCGACGUGCCGCGUGCCCACCGUGUACGCCGAGGUUGGCUGGUCGUAAGCUUCCGUAGGCAAUUCCACACGCAGGCUGCGUGAUACGUGCAAAAAAUGUGCAAUCAGGGAUAGUCGAUGAAUAGAAAACGGGAGGAGAGGAAAAUUCUCAUUUCGUAACUGAGCCCCGGGAAGCCGAAUACCGACGGGCUCAACUCUUUGUCGCUGGUCGCCUUUGGUAUAGAUUCUAUUCGUUUUGUACGUUAUCUUGAAAAUGUCUAAUUGUAAGAAUGUCUCGGAGACCUUUCUGCUUAUGAAAAUCUUCAGGACCUUUCCUCGUCAACCUGCAUCUGCGCGAUUAAAUUAUUAUCGAUACGAUCUUACAAAAAGUUGGAAAUAAUUUCUGUAUGCAGUGAAUAUAUAUUUGUUUUAAAUAUGCAUCACGCCAUAGAACAAAAGAAGUCAAAUUUACAUAUCUUAUGAAUGUCCAAUAGAUAUUCUUAAACAUUCUCAAGAAAAUAGUACACAUAUUCUUUAAAGUGCAAUUAAUAUAUUCUAUAAUUGAUGAUUCUUGAUUUUUUUCUCUCUUAGAAAUGUUGUAUCGAAAUUUUGAUAUAUAAUUUGUGUUUAUAAGCAAUCUCUUUACGAUAGAAAUAUACUAAAAAAUCGUGUUAAUCAAUAUUUAAAAACACGAAUAUCACAGGAAAAAAGAUAUCUGAGAAUAUCUGUUGGAUAUUUGUGUUAUAUGGAAAUACAUUAAGAUUGUAUAUACUUUUACAUCUAGAUCUUCUCCAAAAAAAAAAAGUAUUAUUCCAAAAACUUUAGUUCAAUACACUGUACGAUAAUUCUACUUGGGUUUACCGUCUUCUUAAAGAAGGCAUUCCGCAAGAUCAGAAUCAAAGGUAUACAGCUACGAUUUUUUGCAAACAUUUAUAUAAUCCGCCCUUUAUCCCACCGAUUCGCCGCAAAUAUGACAGAUCGAAUUUUUUAAAGAGCUGCGAUUCGAUAAUGCGUAAAUCACAUCCGUCACAUCAAGUCAUCGUUUCGCGUACUUUUGAACAUGAGGCCAGUGAAGUUAACUGAGAAGAAAAGUUAAUAAAGUUAAACGGAUAACUAACGAUAACGAAGGUGCUCACCUUCUACUUUAGCUCUUCAUCUUUAUCGCAUGUAUUUAAUCACUCUAAUUUUAUUAAAUAACAGGAUGAUGUGAAUAAAAAUCUUUGUUUUCCUUAUUCGGUUAGUAAAUUUGAAAUUAUACGAAAUUAUUAUUUGUACAGAAACUGUAACACGACAUAGUAACGGGUGUGAUAAGAAAGUGCGACAGAUACGAACAUAUGAGAUCCUAAUUGAUUCCCUUGCGCCGUUAUUCUUCGUUUUUAUUGAAAAUUUCACGCAAGAAAAUUUGUGAUUUGUGGAGAGAUCGGAUAAUCGUGAAAUAUUUAUGAUAGUCGAAAAAUGCGAAAAACUUAGUGCAAUCAUUAAUAUUAAUUCAACAAAUUAUUAGUAUUACUGUCUCCUGUAACUUGUAAUCCAAUCAUCCACAAUUUAUAAUUAUUAAUAAGCAAUCCGCAAGGAAAAAAAAAUUCGCAGAUCGUUUUAAAUUAUUAAAAAAAACAUUAAUUAAGAAAGAACAAAAACAAUCGAGAUUUACUUCUUUCUCUUUUAAUAUAUAUUUUGGAUUAUUUUAUGAUUUAUGGAAUAAUUUUACAUAACUUUUUUAUUAGUAAAACUGUGCUUCCAUCAAUGAGACUUACCUGGACCAACAAUUCUUUGCCGUGUAAUCAGAAGCGGUCGUGUACGAGUAUCAAAGUGCAACUUAGUCCUCGGUAACCGAUGUAUCAGUUUAGUCACCUCUACUGAUAUUAAUCAUAAUGGGACAUCGUGCGAUUAGCCACAAGCGAGGAUUCUGCCUUUGAUAGGUGCACACUCGCGUGAUAGUCAGGAACGACGUUAAGUCCAGGGAAUCGCCAAAAUUGAAGUCCUUCUGACGAGAUUAUAUCCUUCCCUAAACGUUUCAUCGAAAAAUGAGUAAUGUCAUUAAUUUAACGAAUUAUUUGCAAAUUUUUCUACAAUAUUUUUGUUCUAUUUUGGUAGAUAUAUUUGUUCUAUUUAUUAGUCGACAGAAAGAAUUAUUAUCGUUUAAAAAUAAGAACCAUCAGCAUCACGCUUGUCAACGAUUAAAUUCUCCUCCGAAGAGACUGCACUCAAGGCUAUUCCCCAGGGCCAUUAUCGUGCCAAUGCGAAACUUGCCAUUAAAAAGAUGUGCCAAUUAUCGAUAUCGAGUUAUUAACGUAAGCGACUGGCGGCUAAGAAAACCGGACGCAGAGGGAAAGCGGUAACAGCGCGACGAAAAAGCGCUUCCUCGAGCACGCGAAUGACACGCGCGCGUAACGAAACGGAAGUCUCCUCGGGAGCGACGCGCGAACACGCUCGUCGGCCGCAUUUCGCCGUCGUGACUCGCCAGUCACGAGAAAUUGUAUGAAGUACAAUACCAGGUGAACCUGAGACAUAUCUAACUUUGUAAUUAAAUCUUAGGCGUAUAUAUAAAUAUAUAUAUAAAUAUAUAUAUAUAAAUGUAAGAUUAAAUAAAGCGGGAAAGACGAGGAAGACGAGAAUCAAGAGAAGAAAGAGGAAGAAGAGGCGACCUUGAACACCAGGCGUCUCGCGUCGUCGCGGAUUAUGUACAGAAUAUUUGAAUCUUUCUUGUGAUAUAAUCGUACACAUUACUAAGGUGUAAACCGAUAAAAAAAAAAUACACUAUACAUUCCAUGUUUUUUCAUAGAAGUGAAGUAUUAGCAGGGUGGUCGCGCAGCAUAAGACUGGCUCGUUGCCGUAGGAACCAUACCACGAAGACACACGUCUUCUCUUGGUGUUAGAGGCGGCUCUAGGACUGGCAAAGCUUUUAGGGAAAAAAAAAAACUCAUACUGCUGUGCUGCCAGAUCUAAUGUGACAUUCUUCACACUGAGGAUGAGGUCUUCUCGAAAGGAUCUCACCUCUUUAUAUUCACAUUCUUACAUUUUACACGAGUUCUUGGAUACGAAGAUUUAUCGUGUAAGCGAAUUCCUCGAAUACUCAUAUGGGACUUGUAUAGCUUCUCGCGUAGCUUGUCCUUACAGUGGAGCCGCCUCUGCACUACGCAAAGCGUAAGACAGUUUUGUAAAUGUUAAAACGCAUUAAAUAAAAUCUUUAAAUCUGGCGUCUCCGUAUUCCGUACUUCCGUACUUGUUACAUAAUUUCACAUUUAUACGCCAUAUUUUGCAAAUAAUGCAAUUCUUCAUCAAUAAUAUAGCACGUUAUUAAUUCAGAAGGCAUCUAUUGUGAGUGAUCAGCAGCGUCAUCUUUAUCACGCGCGCUUUUUUUUAUCUUAGCUAUAUAUGUGAUUGCACGGCAGGAAGAAAUUUUGCGUUAGCGAGUAUAAAUCAAAGAUCGCUCUGCUGAUCAUCGCCUGAUGUACCGAAACAUCAAUGCACGUUAGAAACAAUUUAGUAUUGUGACAUCGUUCUAAAUAAAAUGACGCAUACGAGAUAAGUAACAUAAUAAUGGUGUAAUUAUUAUGCGAAGAGUACGGCGAAAAUCAGCAUGCGUUUCAACAGAUACAAGAUGCGUGGACGCUUCACAACGCAGCCCUCGGUUGCACUUUAAGCGAACGAAUAUAACGAACGAAGCAUCUUUUACGGCUCCCCGGUUCAUAUGCAGAGGGAUUAGUUAGGGAAAAAGUUAGGGAAAAGAAAAACUCGGCACCUUAUUUUCACUCACAACUACUUAGAUGCGACUUGUUAGAAGCUAAGGAUUCCCAUAAAUUAAUACUUAUUUAUAAUCCUUAGGACGGCCGUAGAAAUACGUUUUUCUACCAGAAUUUCUGUGCCAACUGCAAAGAAUGUUGUAGAUGAUUUUUUUGUUUCAAGUUGAAGCAUCAUUCUAAUCUUGUAAGAUACUCAGAUAUAUCUUUAUUAAAUAUAUUUGAAUUUCGUAGUAUAUUAUAUUCUGAUAUUGAUUAUACAGUUCAUUUUUGUAUAUUGGUGUGUGAUAAAUAAAUAAGAAUAUUGUUUCUAAGCAAUCCCUCGUGAUAAAAUGACUACCUGUUAUAUUAUGAUAGUAAUUACAAGAAUUGCUGACGGUUUUAUAAUUUGCUUUGCUAUAAUAUAAUCGAUAUGUUGAGAGAGUGAGUUUUGUAAUAGAUUAAAGCACAAGCAAAAAAAUAUCGAAUACAUUUUGUGUGUAGUAAUGAUAUCUUUUUAAGAAAAAUCUCUGAUUUCGUUCAUAUUUCUUUCUAGAAUAAACGCCAACCAUGUUUUAUAGCUAUAAAUAAUAAAAGAAU